AUGAAAGACACUAUUGUAAGCAAGGGUAGUUAUAACCUGAGCUGUGAUGCCUCCCCUGACCAACUGCGGACUGGAAUUCAUUGGCGGCUCGAUGGUGUGCCAAUCACUAAAAAUGCCCACUCAAACGAACUCAGCUUGGAAGUGACAGACCGACCAGAUGCUGGCAACUACAGCUGUCAUGCCAACAACACAGCAGAGUUGUUAAAACACUACUACAUACUGAUCGACGUGGGCAGGGAGCCUGAUAAAAUACUCGCACAAGCAAACGGAAACUACAUCACAUGUCAUGCAGAGCAGUUUGGUGGGAUUUUCACCUGCUCCUGGAAAAUGAGAGAAAAAGCUGUUUUCUCAGCGAGCUACCAUCGUGAAGGUUGGAAUGGAGACUCCAAGGACUGUGUCCUGACACCAUGCAAGACAUCUGAUUGCACUUUCCAAGCAAGCUGCACUGACCAGAGCUUCUCCCCAUAUGCUGAAGAGCUGAGGCAAAUCACCUUCAACGUGGAGGCAGCUACAACCAAGCGAUACGAGAAACACACAAAACACUUCUACGUCCGCGAUAUUUUAAAACCCGCUGCUCCGAAGAAACUCAUGACCAUCAGCGAGAACCUCAAGUUGAAAAUCGACUGGCAAUACCCAGAUUCCUGGAAUAGUCCUCAUUCCUACUUCCCACUAAUGUCUCAGGUCAGCAUCGAACCAACGUCCAGGAACGGCAAGCAUAAGAAAUACACCAAGAGCAAGGACUCUCCGGCCGAGGUACAUUUUAGUUUCUUGGAAGUUCUUAGCAGAGAAACCGAGAGGUGUAAUAAUUAA